AUGAGUGCUGGAGAAUUAACACUGAAUAUAGGAAGCAAAUGUCAAGGACCAUGUAUCUGUAGUAAUAAAGGUAACAUAACUGCUAGUAAGGAUACUAGUCCAGAAUCUGUCAGGGGUUUUGUCUCUUAUGUACAUUCUGGCAAAGAGCAAUUUACUCUCAAGGGAACUUUAGAUGGUGGUGAAAAGCUAGGUGGAGGUGAUGAUAUUUCAGGUGUUAAGAAAGUCUCUGUCUACUAUUGGGACGGAGAUGAGGAUAAGAAAGGCAGACCUCUUCUUAUUGAGGUGGUAAGGAGUGAUGUGGAGAAUACAGAAUACUAUUAUAAUGACAAAGAUUAUAAUGAAGAAACGCAAGGUAAUAACAGGAUUUGGAAGUACCACGGAUAUUCCGGAGAAGCACCCUUACAAACCAGACUUGACGACUGUAAUGCUUCCAUAAAUAAUGUCGUACCAUUCGAUAUUAAAGAUCCCCUUAAAGAGCUAAAAUUCGACUCUUCCGCUUCAAAAGGUAAAGGUAUAGAACAUGUUCCGUCUACACCUCAACUUAAUGGAAGCAAUUACAAGGUCACUGAAUAUAAAAUUACUGGUUCUGGCACAAAAUUGUCUCGACUAGAAUAUGAUAAACAAAAGCUUAAUGUAACUAUUCCUCCCGAUACACUUCAUGGAAUCAGACUAUACUCCUCACCUGUUAAUGAUAAUGUACCCAUUGCAGUUGAACUAAAAUCGCCAGGUAAUGGAGGUUCUAAGUGGUAUUAUAGUGAAGACGAUAGUGGUACCAACUGGGGAGAAACUGGCGAUGGUGGACACAGAUUAUAUGGCCCAGAUGGUAAACCUACUGAAGCUCUUACCAAAAAGUUAGAUGGACUUGCCUGUGAACAUCAUAAUGCAGUCACUAUGGAUCUUACCAAGAGCAAUUCUGAUCAAUAUGCCAGUGAUGGAAACUACUGUUGUGAGGAACAUCAAAAGAAAGGUGGAAAGGUCUCCGUUACUCCUGUACCAGUUAAUUGUACACAACAUCAGAGCCAAAGCUCCCUUAAAGCUUAUAAACAUUCCAUUUCUGAUGAUGGAUUGAAACUAGGUGGUAUUAAGUUCUACCUCAAUGGCGAUCGGUCUAAACAGGACAGGAAACGUGUACAAUCUACUACACUACGAUUGCCUGCUCAAGGACCAGUAGACGUUUAUGUUUUUUAUUGCAGUGAUAAUAAGCCAGUCCUAAUUUAUGUUCAAGCGGAUGAAGCACUUCCUCCAAUAACCACAUGGUAUAGAAAAGAAAAAAACAAUGAUGAUAAAUCAUGGAAGAAAAGCAAUGGAAAACUAAAGGGUCUAGAACCUAAAAAUUUUAACAACCUAGAAUGUAAAUAUUGGAAAAAGCUCAAAAAAGUGCUACACGAACGUAGUUGUAGUGAUUUGAAAGACUGUUCCGAAUCACCAGCACGUAAUGAAGAAGGCGCUUCUGGAGAUCAAGAAGCUGAGGAUGAAGAUCUUCUAGGUAGUGAUGAAUCUAGUGAAGAUGAACAAAAGACUACUCAACUCUCACCUCAAGGUGCUAUUACUCUUCCUGGACCUAAGGGUGAUAAAGGACCUGAUGGUAAUAAUGGUGGAGAUGGCGGUACUGUUAAAGAUGUUAGUGUUGAAAAUGGUAAAAUUACUUCAGAACUGUCCGAAUAUGCUAAUCUUACUGAUGCCACUAAUGAAGCUGCCGAAACUGGUAAAUAUGGUGCAAAGGAUCGAGAGGGAUCUAAAACUGAUGCUAGAGGUAGUAAAGCUGGCUCACCUAGUGGUAGUGAUGGUAAACCUCUUCAAGCACCAAAUUAUGGUGAAUCUCUUAGAACUCAACAUAUCACUGUCUUACCUGAUAACUCAUUUGACCAAGUUCCUAAUCCUAAAGGUGAAGCUAUAGUAGACUCUAAAGUUGAAUCUGGUCUUGGUCAAGAUGGUAAAUCUUCUCUUCAUCCUGAUACUGCUCCUGUUGGUAAUCAAGGUGGUAGUGGACCUGGAGGAGGCUCUGGUGGAAGAACUCAGGCUACUAGUACAAUAAGUAACAGUAGUCCGUCAUGGGAUUUGUUCGGUUCUGGUCUCGGAGGACUAGUGGCUAGAGUUGUUGAAACAGCUGCUACUCUACUUAAACCUGCUCAUACUCAUGGAGGAUUUACUUCUAAAUCUCCUCAAGCACCAGAUGGUGAUCCAUCUCCUGGAGCUUCUGCCUCUGGGGUAUCUACUGCUCGUACUCCUGAAGAAGCUCUUCUUCCUGAUGAAGCUGCUACUAAUAGUCAACCUACUGGAGAAUCUACUCAUCUUCCUCUUACUACUACUACUCAUAAAUAUGAAGGUGGUCAGCCUCCUUCUGAAACUACUGCUCCUGAAGAUGCUGAAAGACCUGAACAUUCUGCUUUUACUGAAGUUCCUGCUCUCCUUGGUAUAGGAUCAAUAUUUGGAGCAUCCUCUGGUACUCUCACCGGAGCUGGUGCAACAUUUUUUGGAGGAUGGAAACUUUAUAAUCGCUAUAAGGGAGACCCUUGGGUUAGACAGAUUUAG